UUCUACUAACCGGGGGGGUGAUAUCCCUGUCACUUUUUACGUCGGGAGGCAAUUCCCUGUCACGGGUUCGGAAUGUAACCCCCUCCUCCCUCAAGUUUCCCCAUCGGAUAUGAUGUCAACUUGCAACAUUAAACAAACUUCCAUCCACUAAAUUUUCCAGCAUCAUCAUGCUCAUAUAGCAAUGCUUGCACUAACUAUCUUCCUCGCACUGCUGCCUCUUCUGGCUAUAUACCUGUGGCAAUGGCUUCGAUAUCUGCGAUUCCACCAGCAUGCCUCCUGGCCGCAGCUUCCACCCUCCCUGGUCUGGGGACACAUGAAAGCACUGAACGAGUUCGUCAGACGCGGCGAACGUCGCAGACAUGUCGACCAUGUAUUCGGGGAGGUGCAGCAAUACCUGGGCAAUCCGCCGCUGUAUCUUCUCGACCUCCGUCCGGUCGUCGGCGUCCUGGGGAUUGUCUGCAACCAUGAGGUCGCUGAGCAGAUCUCCCGAAGCACCAAGGGCUUUCCCUAUAGUAUGCGCAAAUCUCCAACCAUGAAAUCGCUGGAGCCGUUACUGGGGCCCCAUUCCGUGAUUACCGCGGAGGGCGAGCAGUGGAAAGCGUUGCGCAAGCGAUACAAUCCGGGCUUUGCGCCGCAGCAUCUCCUCACGCUGCUGCCUUGCAUCAUUGACAAAGCACGAAUCUUCAUCCAGUGUCUGGAUGAGUACGCGCGGACCGGGGAGGAGUUUUCCCUUGAGGACCGCUGCACCAGUUUGACGCUUGAUAUCAUCGGAGCCGCAACAAUGGACACCGACCUGGACGCCCAGCUCCCCGCCCACCAACAGAGCCCACUUGCCCGCCUCUACCGGCAGCUACUAGCCAGCUACCGCCGCGACAGCAACGUCAGCAAAUUUCGCCUCACCUGGCUCCUCACCCCGUUCAUCCUCCUCCGCCGCAAGUAUCUCGUCCGACGGAUCGACGCCCUCCUGCAAGCCCACAUCGAGACGAAGUUCACCGAGCUUCGGACGACUACGACCGACAAAAAAUCCUCCUCCUCUUCAUCCCGAAGUAUCCUCGCCCUCAGCCUCCACGACACCGACCACCUCACCCCACAGAUCAUCCGCGAAACCGCCGACCAGCUCAAAUCCUUCCUGUUUGCCGGCCACGACACCACCAGCAUCCUCCUGCAGUGGACCUUCUACGAACUCAGCCGCACCCCGCGUGUGCUGAAAGCGGUCCGUCGCGAGCUCGACGCGCUCUUCGGGGAGGAGACCUCUUCCGCCCCCGCCAGGGUGGCGGAGAUGCUGCUCGCCGGGGGGGACGAGUAUCUGUCGCAGAUGACGUAUACCGCUGCGGUCAUCAAGGAGGUCCUCCGGUUACAUCCCCCCUCCGGCUCGGCGCGGUAUAUGCCCCCUGGGACGGGGUUCACGGUGACCCUCCCCGAUGGGCGGACGAUGUGUCUCGAUGGGGUGGUGAUGUACAACUGUGCGACGCUGGUGCAGCGCGACGAGGCGGUUUAUGGGCCGACGAGGGAGGAGUUCUGGCCGGAGCGGUGGUUGGAGGGGAGCGCGGACGGUUAUGAUGGUAUCAAAAGUGGUGAUGGCGCUUUUCUGGAUGAUAGUGGGAAGAAGGUUGGGGGUGGUGGUGGUGGUGGUGAGCAGAUUCCCGUCAGUGCGUGGCGGCCAUUUGAGCGUGGGCCCCGCAACUGCAUCGGACAGGGGUUGGUCAAUAUCGAGGUCCGAGUCAUUCUGGCCUGCACUGUGCGGCGAUUCGAGUUCGAGAAAGUCGGGCUGGGGGCGCUUGCGAGGGAUGCUGGGGGUCGGCCGGUGCUUGAUGCAAAGGGGCAGUUUGAAGUUCUGGAGGAAUUGUUUAAUACGAUGCAGGUUACUGCUAAACCGGUGGAUGGGACGAGGAUGAAGGUCAGGUUUGCAUCUGGGGAGUAAGGAUGAUGUUGUUGGGAAGUAGUUCUCCGAUGGAAAUAUAGCACGAGGGAUGAUUUACACCCAGUUCGAUAUAUUUGAAGACUGAAUGUAGAACUCAUGCCGUAAUGGACGGGGGCAACGUGACAGUCCCGCUUGCACGGCACUGAAAGCUGGUCGGCAACACCCCUGGUCUGAUCCCUGGCCAUAUAGCAGAUAGCGGACAGCAAGAG